AUGCCUACCCUUGAGCUGAACUAUGCCACGAAGGACGAGCUUGCCUUCCUGGACACCGAUAUCCAAAGAAAGCUCACAGUCUCCGGCGACACCGUCGAGUACAAAGCCACUACAGAAGUCGACAAGGAAAAGGAGGCUGAAGAGCGCGCCAAGCUCGAUGCCAUUGACAACCACAACGUGUCUGCUUACACCGUGACGCUCAACUACCGCCUCGACCCCAGAAAGGGCGGAGACGAGAUGAUUUGGGGCGGCACCUUCGCGCAGAUGCGACGCAAGUACGACCCCCGCGAGGUCGUUAUCCAAAACGCCAGAGGAAAGGAGAGCGAGUUCAGUCUUGAUAAGACUGGAUUCCAGUUCGAACAUUUUCCUACUUCGUACAAAGACUUUCCCUGGAGCCCGAUCGACGAGCACCUCAACAAGGUGUACAAUGCGGAGUGCGAGGAGUUUAUGAGGAAGAUCACCGGAGCCUCCGACGUUCGCUUGAUCUCCCACAUCAUCCGUCAGCGUCAAUGGGAAAAGACGGAUCCCGAAGAAGAGGCCAAGAAGCCCGACAUGGCCAUGACUGAUGGAGGUCUUCUGUCCGCAAGAUUUGUGCACAUUGAUCAGUCUGACCUCGGCGCUAUCCGCCGCCUGUACGACGACAUGCCCCCUGGUGAGGGCGCCAAGCACGAUGGCAAGCACCGCUGGGCCAUCAUCAACCUCUGGAGACCCUGGGAGCAGGUCCACCGCGAGCCCCUGGCGCUCUGCGAUGCCAAGUCAGUGCGGGACGACGAGCUGCACGACACGAUGCACUGCGUUCCUUUCCAGUGGCCGCGAAAGCCCACAGAGAACCACAUGUGGCAGAUUGCCCCGCCUGAGAGCUCAACUCAGCACAAGUGGUGGUUCAGGAGCGGCAUGACCAGAGACGAUGUCAUCUUGAUCAAGAUCUUUGAUUCGAAGAAGGACGGAAGAGCUCGCCGUACGCCGCAUAGCGCUUUCCCAACCCCUGACGACAUUGGCCCUGCUCGUCGCAGUAUCGAGACCAGGUUUUUCGUCUUCUGGGAAGACGAGAGCUGCGAAUAA